CCUUGCAUUGGUGCGCACACACGCCUACACGUAAGGCGCACACACCGCCCCCGGUCAGAUCCAUACUGAACGAACUCGCAGAACAAGUUGGUCUGGUCGCCUUUCAAAUUAGCUAUUCCAACCGUCGCGCGUGUCGUCAUUCUAUUAGUAUGCGGCAGCUACAUAAGGAACUGCGUGUCUGAGCUAAACAUUGCAAAGAUCUCCAAGAACAGGACGUGUUCUAGACUUGGAGUCGCGUUGGCGUCCGGGUGUCCUGCAGGUUGGGAAGAAUAAAACAAACAUGGCGGGCAGCCAAGAAGGAGGGUAUCCCCCUGCGCAUGCACUGACCGACAGCGAAGUUCGGUUUCUAGUCGCGACGAUCCAAGGUGACCAUACCGAUGUAAGAACUGCCCUCCAGAACAGAGGUGAUGUGGACGUCACAUGCACCGACACUAUGGGCAGAAAUGCACUCUUACUAGCAGUGCAAAAUGGACAUAUCAACAUAGUGAAGACUCUCCUUCAGACCGAUGAAUGUGAAUUAUUGCACCUGGAGGAAGCUCUUUUAGUCGCAGUUGCCAAAAACGAUCUUCGCAUUGUGGAUGUGUUGGUAAAAGCAGUGUACGAUGACCGCUUGGAUGACGAUGAUGAUGAAGAAGAUCGAAGAAUAUCAAGAGCGUCAAACUCCCAGUUUCCGGAGGAAAUGACAGCGACGAUGUUAGCGGCACAGUUGGACAGAACUGAAAUCCUGAACAUCCUCGUAACACGGGGACUACGGGUGCCCAACCCACACGACUACCUGUGCUCGUGUCAAGUGUGUCAUGACAACCGGAGCAGUGACAGUUUUGGGUACGCCAGAAGGAGGCUGAACACGUACAGAGCGCUGACGAGUCCUACGUACAUCUCUCUAACGUGCAGGGAUCCAAUAGCACGGGCCUUUCACCUGACGGAGGAGAUACGGAAGGUGACAACGGUAGAACCUGAACACAAGGAAGAAUACAGGAGGAUUCUGGCAAAACUGGAGACGUUUGUGACAGAGUUGUUGGACCACUGCAGGUCUAAAGAUGAGAUGGCAGUGACAGUGGGAGGAGGGGAGGGGGAGAAGUGGCACAAGACCUCCCCUGGGGUGGGGAGACUACAGUCCGCAGUGCAGUGCAACCAGAAGAAGUUUGUAGCCCAUCCCCUGAGCCAGCACUGUCUGCAGCAGAUGUGGCACUACAGGUUCCCGACAUGGCGGCAGCUGGGCUGGGUGCUGAAACUCCUGGUGUCAGUGGGGAUAACUCUCACCUUACCUGUCCUGGCUCUGCUCUACUGGAUCAUGCCUACUGGAAAGUUUGGGAAGUGGUUAAAAACACCUGUAGUGAAGUGCAUCAUGUACCUGGCUUCCUACGUGGCAUUCCUCGUCUUCGUGUGCCUGGUAACGGUGGAGAAACUGACAGCGCCCCAGCUCGAUAACAUGCAAGUGGCGGCGGCAGACUUCAACCUACCACAGGACUUGGUGGGCGGGGCCACGUUCUUGAGGAGACCAACAUUCCCGGGGGUGGUGCAGUGGCUCAUAUCCAUCUGGGUAUUGGGUUUCCUGUGGCAGGAGGUGAAGCAGCUCUACCACAUGAGGUGGACCUGGUACUGGAAGAGCAGUCCAUACAAGGUCAUCGACCUGCUGUCCCUCACCCUGUACAUCACACACUUUGUGCUGGUCUACGUCUUAUACUACUUCACCAGUAGGGCUGGGGACUACUUCAAAGAACAAGACAGAACCACGCUGCUGAGGAACAAAGAUGCUGUGGCAACGCUGCAUCUGUAUCACCUUGUUGGAGAUCGACCUCAAUGGAACUCAGGUGAUCCAGUCUUUGUGGCUGAAUCCCUGUUUGCCUUUGCAAAUGUUCUGUCUUUCCUACGGCUCGGGGAAUUCCUGGUCCUCAACAACUCGUUUGGUGCUCUGUCCAUCACAGUAGAGCGGUGCAUACCAGUGAUAGUGAAGUUCCUUCUGAUGCUACUUUUGAUUGCUGUCGGUUUCCUCUUUGCCAUCUUCAACCUGUAUUUCCUGUACAGUGGGAACAUCCACAUCACAAGCCUGGACAGGGCCUUCUCUUCCCUGCUCCAGAUAGUGACCGGGUCUCCCACCAACAUCCUGGUGGUCUCCUCAGAGAGUUCUGCUGAAGUGACAGGUUGGCUGCUUUACGGUGCCUAUUACAUCAUCGUUGUCAUCGCUGUCUUCAGUCUGAUCGCUGUGAUCUUCAAUCAUGCAACCUGUAGUGAUAAUAAGGGAGAUUACAAGACCCAGCUGAAGUUUGCCCAGGCAAAGGUGUACUUGUCCUUUAUCCAGAGGGGAACGCUCCCUCCCCCCCUGAACCUGGUCCCCACCCCCAAGUCUGUGUGGUACGCUGCACUGGCUGUCUACAGGCACUUAUGCUGCUGUUGCAAUAAAAGGAAGACCCAGGAGAUGUCAGGUGCUGAUGUGGAGAUUGGUGAGGAGAUCACAGAAAACCUACCUGGGCAGUCAGACAGAGCUCAGCAAAUUGCCCAGCAGCGUGUUAUACAGCGGUAUCUCAUCUCAUCUACAAAGCAGCGGAUGGACUGGGACUGGGAAGACGACGAUACCGAAUGGCUGCACUUGUCGUACAAAGAUGGCCGCCACCCCAGGAAGUCGCACAGUCUGACGGCGCUUGUGGAGCGACAGUUUGAGCACAUGGUGCGUAACCAGCACGAGGUGUUCGGGAACAUGCUGGGACACCUGGAGCAGAUGACUGGAGCUCUGAGGGGCAUCCUGUCUCACCUGCAGGUGGUGGAAAGUGAAGUGAAAGAGAGUUCAGACACCUUGAAGAAGAAGUCCACCAUGCUGAAGCUGACCAGUUCACUCCUGUUUGGUGCUCAGCCACACAGCGAUAACGGUACGCAGACUGACGCCAUGCCGCAUCACGUAGAUCAGGGGAUCCAGGCAGAGAUUGUGACUCCUAGUCCGCAGUCAAGCCGACAGCAUGAAAGUGCGAGUAGCCGGAUGCGGCGGAAACAGGGCCGUUCACAGACCAGUUCCGUGAACUCUCCCACAGGUAGCAGCUCCAAUGCCUCCCUUUCCCCAAGUGCAACAUCGGGUAAGAGAGGGCUGGACCUCUUGUUGCCGCUCGAUACAGUGACAGCUGAAGACCUACAGAUGAUAAAACAGCUACAGGAGGCAAGGAGAGGAGGCACCAUGCCAUCUAACCAACCAAAGAAGAGUAAAAACUCGCUGGCCACUGUUCGCAAGCUUGGACAGCUGACAAAAGCUCCUUCUGAUGACCGUAUGAAUGGCCCAAGCCUCGAUGGUGAUGUCUUAAACGACAUCAGCUACCUGACUGACCCUGGGUUUGUCCCAGGGAAGUCUAAGAGUACUCACAAUAAAGAAUCAAGCCUUAGGAGAAACAAAGCUCCACAACAAAGCAGUGUGUCUUCAAGCAAAGGGAGUACAGGGAGGCUGUCUCCAGGCAUGGGUAUUUUGAAUGCCAUCUCCAGGAAACUCAGUUCUGCAAAAGACAGAAGAAGACCUGCACAAGACUAUGUGAUAAGUAACGUACAGCAGAGGCCUGGGGUGGCGGGUGGCAUGGUUUCUACCAGGAUAGAUGAUUCUGUGUUUGACAGUGAGUCCAGGAACUCCGACACCUCCGAUGAGUACAUCAUCUAAACAUAGAACACUUGAGAAAUAUUGAAGAAUCUUUUAAGAAUUUGAAAUUGCAAAGAUAAUACAUUUUCUCCAGUGUAUGAGAAUUUCUAUAGCCUGCCCUUUUUGGUAAGCAAUAUUGUACAUGGUUAAUGAAUACUAAUCUAGAGGAUCAUAAUUCUUAAGAGAUGUUUCUUAGGGCGUAUCUAUUAAUAUAAUCUGGCUUGCCAAGAUUCUGUGAUAGAAAUUUUUGGGAAUUAUAAUAUGAUUUUGAACACCCAAUAGCCAGCAAUUAAAAAAAUACUAUGUAUAGAUGAGUUACUCCUUUCUACCUCAAACUUAGCAGAUGUCCAUUGUACAAGUAAAAUGCAUGGUGUAGGGAAUAGUUUUCAUAUUCUCUAAAGGUUAAUAUAUGUUAGAUUGUUGUGUAAUAUUGUCAGAUUUAUGUUAGUCAAAUAAUAUGUUAGAUGGUAGGGAAUGAAUGAUGUAUUGACUGUUAUAAUUGUAUGUUCAAUUAAUUCUCUGUAACACACUUUGACAUUUCUAGAGUAUAUAGAAAAUGUUGACUGUAUUACAUAGAUCUUCAAAAGUUAAUGAAGAUAUCUGUACAAAACUUGAUUGCAAAGCGAGGUAGUAUCAUAUGUUCAGGCUUCACAAUGUUAGACUUAUUCUCUAUGAGACUCUUUAAGACUAUGGCAUUGUAUUAUAUUUAUUGUAAACAUAAUAUCCAUUUUAUUAGGUCACUGUUACUGUGUCAAAGGGAGAUUGCUGUUGAACACAUUAUGUUAUAUGCAGGAUUGGUUGGUUGCAUCUCUACAACGAUGUGUUUGUAUGUAAUGCCACAGCUGCCAUGUUGGUCGGUUGAAGUUGGAAGGGUUAGAUCUAUAAUAAUAUGCUUUGCCAUAAUUAUGUGACCGAACAUUGUCAUUGUAAUGUAAUUACCAAGGACUGGGUGGGUAAACAACAACUGUUGUGGUCUACAUCAAGUAAUAUUGGUUGCUGUGGUCUGUUGUGAUGAUAUUUGUUGGACAAUACUUGGAAUAUGGUUUGAAAUGUGCCUUACCUAGUACUACAAACUACAAUGGUAGUAUGUAAAUGUUGGUUUGUGGCACACAAAUGUUUUGUGCAUGGUCUGAAACUAACUUUUUAUUCUGAUACUAAGAAUAUCUUAUAUUCCAAUUUGUACUGGUUUGUCCAAUAAACUGUGAUUUGAAGACUGAA